AUGGAAACGGUGUCAGGAGCCUCCCAAAGACUUCGGGAAUCAAUACUUCCAGAAGUCGAAACAGUCCUUCAAAUUUAUAGAGAAAGUGUGCUUCUCUAUAACGAAAACCGCUUAGCCGCAUAUGAAGCUGAUAUUGAUUCUUUAACAAACCAGCUAGAAAGGCUUAAAGCUAAUAUAGAAGGCGAAGAAGCAGCAAUAAGCUUCCUUAAAGGGCAAAUCAAAGAUAUGGAAAAAGAAUUCCCAGUAAAUUCCACUGAUUCAUCUGGGCAAGAAAAUAAAGCACAGACGAAGAAUAAUUUGAGACAAAAAAUAAAGGAAGCGGAACAUAUUACUAAAGAAUUAGGAAAAGCUUUGAAUUAUUAUCAAUUUAAGUAUACAUUAAGAUGGAGAAAGCGACAACCCGACCUCUUUAUGUAAUUUCCUUAAAACUUGCAGGGAGGAGCAAGCUGAGAACAGGUACGGAAUCCUUUAUGUAUGUAAGAAAAAGAUUUUAUCGUGCCUCAGGGUAUGAUACCUGAGACAUAGGAUUUUUCCCUCCAGGCUUGGAGUUGGUAAGGAUACAUCUGGCAUUGUCUCGAGAUUAUUUAUGAUUCCUACUCGAAUCAAGUGCCCUGAGACAGCAGGCGCCUAGUCCGAUACUGAAAAUUGUACCUCAAACUCUAGACCAUUAGCGAGCAGACACCUGAGAUCAAGUCAUAUAGACGGAGCCUAAAGAGAGGUAACUGGGUCUCUAGGAGCAGAUGAGCUUGCAAGAGUAAAAAUCACGACUAACUUUAAACCUCGACAAUGAUUUAUUAAUUAUCAAUUCAGAUUUGGGCUCUCGUUAAAGCGGCUUCCUAACUCUAGUUUGAGAAUUUCUUAUGAAUUCAUCAAGAGAGAGCUCGACGAAGUCGAGCAUAGUGUGACACUCCAUAUCAGUGACUCAACUAAUGCUUAUGAAAUAGUAAAAUGUACCCCUAAUUUGCCUCAAAUCUAUCCUCUUCUCCACAACUUGAACCAAACAAAUGAUUUUGCGAGAUUCGUGAAGGAUGUAAGAAAGAGUUUUAUAAGUCUUUAUUUAUAA